AUGCAAAAGUAUGAAAAGUUGGAAAAAAUCGGUGAAGGUACCUAUGGAACAGUUUUUAAGGCAAAAAACAGAGAAACUCAUGAAAUAGUAGCCUUAAAACGAGUUCGUCUUGACGACGAUGACGAAGGUGUUCCAUCGUCAGCAUUAAGAGAAAUAUGCUUGUUAAAAGAACUCAAGCAUAAAAAUAUAGUUCGGUUGUAUGAUGUCUUACAUAGUGAUAAAAAAUUAACAUUAGUAUUUGAACAUUGUGAUCAAGAUUUAAAAAAAUAUUUUGACAGUUUAAAUGGUGAAAUCGAUUUAGACAUAAAUGGGGAAUUAAAACUUGCUGAUUUUGGUUUGGCAAGAGCUUUCGGAAUUCCUGUAAAAUGUUACUCAGCAGAAGUAGUUACAUUAUGGUACAGACCUCCAGAUGUUUUAUUUGGUGCUAAACUAUAUACAACUUCUAUUGAUAUGUGGAGUGCUGGUUGUAUAUUUGCAGAGUUAGCUAAUGCAGGACGGCCAUUGUUUCCUGGUUCUGAUGUUGACGAUCAGCUUAAAAGAAUAUUCAAACUAUUAGGAACACCUACUGAAGAAUCAUGGCCUGGUUUGGCUCAAUUACCCGAUUAUAAACCUUUUCCAGUUUAUCAUCCGUCUAUGAGUUUUACACAAGUAGUUCCUAAAUUAAAUUCCAAAGGCAGGGAUUUAUUGCAAAGAUUAUUAGUUUGUAAUCCAGCUUUACGAUUGGCUGCUGAUGAUUGUAUGAUGCAUUCAUAUUUUUGCGAUGUAAGCCCAACAUUGAAAACCGAUAGACUGCUAUAA